UUUCGAAAUUUGUAAUAAAGAUGCGCAGUAGCCGAAAUAAUGAAUUUAUCCCAUAAUUUUCUUCAACUUGAUUCGAUGAAUCUCCGACAAGUUUGAUUAUUCUAAAUUUCAAUAUUUCUAGAAUAUGGUGGGCGAUAAGCAUGGUCGUUUCGUUGUACAUAUGUACAAAACUGGUGCUCAGUGCUUAUGGUAAAUGGCAGAACACACCAGUAAUUGUUAGUUUUGCUACAAUCGAUACACCAAAUUGGCAGGUGCCUUUUCCAGCGGUUACUAUCUGUCCCGAAAUUAAAUCGAUCCCUUCCAAAUUCAACUAUUCCUACUAUUUAGGGAAAAAAAUUAAGGGAGAAAGCUUGACUGAGCUAGAAGAAUUGAAAUUUGGAUACGUCACUUUGGCAUGUAGACAAGAUAAUAACAUUAGUUUUAAAAGUACUUUGGCAGAUCGUGCCGCUAAAGAAGAUAUUCACACCUUUCUUGAUUCGGUACAGCCAGAUUUCUUCAAAACCAUAUCCAAAUGUAAAUAUAUGGGAUACGUGGAAAAUUGUUCGGAAAUAUUUACUCCAAUCAUUACUGAUGAGGGCAUAUGCUAUUCAUUCAACAUUUUAGAUCGAGAUCAAUUAUUCAAAGAUACGGUAGUCCAUUAUAAAGACUUCCACAAAACUAAAAAAUCAAAUUGGAGUAUAGUCCACGGAUAUUCACUUAACGAUGAGGCUAUAACUUACCCAAGGAGAGCUCUUUAUGCAGGUGCCAUUUUUUCUUUAGAAGGAGUACUAACUGUUAAAGAUGAAGAUCUUGAUUAUUCUUGUGGAUCCUCAAUACAAGGAUUUAAGAUUGAAAUCAGCGAUCCAGGCCGGAUACCACGUGUAAGACAACAACAUUUUCGGGUACCUCUAGAUCAAGUUGUGGUUGCAGCAAUUACACCAGAAAUAACAACUACUGCGGAAGCUAUAAGGCGGUAUUCACCGAAAAAAAGAAAUUGCUAUUUGCCAGAUGAGAAAAAACUCAGAUAUUUCAAAAAUUACACUCAGAUGGAUUGUCAGAUUGAAUGCAAAACGAAUUAUACACUAGAAAAAUGUCAAUGUAUCGAUUUUUAUAUGCCAAGAGAACCUCACGUUCCUGUUUGUACCGGAUCACAGAUCAACUGCAUUUUCGAAAGUGAACGGGAAUUAUUGUUGUCUGGUAUAAAGAAGAAGAUUGAAUUGUUAAAAGAAGGUAAACAUCAAGUUGACAAAUGUGACUGUAUGCCAAUUUGCACCUCAAUGUAUUAUCGACUGGAAACAUCUCAGUCUCCUUGGGACUGGAAAGCACAAUUGGAAAUGAAUGAUAAAAAGAAACAUCUAAGCUCGUUUCAAAUAUACUUCAAAGGAAAUCAGUUUGUGACAAUGGAAAGGAACGAACUUUUUGGUAUCACUGACUUCUUAGCUAACUUUGGAGGUUUACUGGGAUUAUUUGUUGGUUUUUCACUUUUAUCUUUAAUAGAAAUUAUUUAUUUUCUAACAUUACGUAUAUAUUGUAAUAUAACUUUAUUUGGAAAACAAAAUUGGUCAGGGUAUCAAAAUUAAAAUUAUCAUUAUAUAUGUAUGUAUUUAUUAUUAUUUUGUACGAUAAAAAAAUAA